UUCUCUAAAAGAGAUGCAGCAGUCGGUUCGGAUUCCUAACAUCAGAAGAUUAUGUUCCGCCACAGCCAUUGCUUCCGUCAGACACGGCGGUUCGAGGACAAGACCAGACAACUUCUGCCCCCAAACCAUGCCACUGAUCAUGUAGAUAUGGUGGAAGUCAAUUCUCAACUAAAGCAACUCGUGAAGACCGGCGACUUACGGGAUGCUCGACGAAUGUUCGACAAAAUGCCUCAUAGGAACGAGAUUACAUGGACUGUGAUGAUUUCUGGUUAUGUCACCGAUAUGGAUACCUCUGGAGCUCUGGUUUUAUUCUCCCUCAUGUGCUAUGGAGAAUCACUGGACGGGUAUUUGGUGAAAACUGGUUUUUUGAACUCAGUUUUUGUACGUAGUGCCCCCUUGGAUAUGUAUUCGAAAUUUGGCAAAAUUGAGCAAGGUUGUAUGGUUUUUGGUGAAAUGCCUCCGAGGAAUGUAGUAUCAUGGACAGCUAUUAUUACUGAUUUAGGUGCUUGGAAUUGGGGAAGGGAAAUACCCACGCAUGGUUUAAUGGGUGGAUUUGAUGUUAUUACAUUCGUGGCUAACUCUCUUGCUAGUAUGUCCAACAACUGUGGGCAAUUGGACCAUGGCUUGUGUUUGUUUGAAAGGAUGAGCACGCCAAAUGUGGUUUCUUGGAUAGCAAUCAUAUCAACUAAUGUUCGGCUGAGACAAGAAGAAAAUGCUAUGAGAGCAUUUCUAAGGAUGCGUGAAUCCAGUGUAUGUCCUAAUGAGUUCACCUUUGCAGCAGUCAUCUCUGGUCGUGCAGGUAUAAUGAGAAUUGAUUCGGGAAGGCAGCUUCAUGCUCAUGUCCUCUCCAUUGGAUUAGAAAAAAUAAAAAUGAUUCACAGUGGAGUAAUCAAUGGGUACUCAAAAUGUGUGAGCAUAAAAGAAGCUUCAAAAAUAUUUGAUGAGGCAGAGUAUAAUGAUAUCAUGUCAUGGACAGCCAUGAUUAAUGGGUUUGCUGGACAUGGUUUUAGCUAUGAAGCCAUUGAUUUGUUUGAGAAGCUUCCCAUGGUUGCCUGGAACCUGACUCUGUGACCUUCAUUAGUGUUCUUAUUGCUUGUAGUCAUGCGGGACUGGUUGAACUUGGUUUUCACUACUUCAAUUCAAUGAGCAAAGAGUACCAAAUAGGUCCUUCAAAAGAACACUAUGGUUGUAUGAUUGACCUCAUGUGCCAAGCAGGAUGAUUAACUGAAGUAGAGCACAUGAUAAAAAGUAUGCCACUUC